AUUUUCUACUCACUUUACGGAAGUUUUUGAAUUGCAUGCCAGUUGAACCAAUCGUCAUGGAUGGAGCGGUACAUGUACCGGAAUGCCUGCGAGUGCUGACGGUAGGCGAUGGCGACCUUUCGUACUCCCGAUCCCUGCUGGAGAAGGACAACUGGACAGAUUUGGAUGUCAAUGGCGCAGCGUCCAUGGAUCUCACGGCCACGACAUACGACUCGUUGGCAUCCCUCGUGGACAAGUACGCCAUGGCCGCGUCCAACAUCGAGGCGUUGACCACGACAUCCGCUCCCUUCAUCAACGUCAACGUGCGACAUGAAGUCGACGCGACAAACCUUUCGUCCUUUGCCAAUGCGCUCCAUUUCGAUCGCAUUGUAUUCCACCAUCCGCACACUGGCGUCGAAGACGUCCAUCGCCAUCGCCGCCUCCUGUCACAUUUCUUCCACGCCGCGCUGCAAGUGCUCAAUCCCCACGGCUUCAUUUACGUCACAUUGGCCAGAGAUCAACCUGAUCGAUGGGAAAUCUUGUCGCGGGCGUCGGCGGCGUCGUUGACGUGCCUCAUGCAGUCGGUGUGGACGCCGCCGAAAGGCUACACGCGCAAGCGUCAUCAGAGCGACAAGAGUUUCCACCACGUGCUGCUUCAUGGCGCCAAGCUGCAGCAGGAAAGCACGCUCUUUCGUUUUGGUCGUGGGGUCGCGUCCACUAGCAUCCUGCCACCACCGACUGCGGCGCCGCGUGGGCCACCAGGCGUAGUGUCGUUGGGCAACCCCGAGUGGGAAUUUGCAUGCGACGAGUGCGGCGGGAAGCGCUUUGCGACGCUGCAAGGCCACAAGACACACAUGCGCAUGGUGCACGAACUCAACUUGAAGCGCAAGAGACCCGACUCGACGUUCUCGUGCGCGGCGUGCCACGGCCGUGAGUUUGCCGACGAGGAAGCACUGACCCAGCACCGCCUAGCCAAGCAUGGCAAGGACAGCACCAUACGCCCCGACUGGCAUCAAAACCAUCAUCCAAAGCGAACGUCGUUAUUGCCAACUGAAGCCAAUGUGUGUGCAAUCUGCCGCGACUCGUUUGAGUCGCAAGCCGAUUUGGACGGCCACUGGACGACCCUGCAACCCAUCCUAGUGGAAAAAGUUCCCUGUGGGACCUGUUCCAAGACGUUCGAAGACCAUAGGGCCCUUCGACAACACCAGAAUUUCUGCACUAAGGAAUGACAUCGACAUUCGUAUAUGGUGUUGUGUUUGGUCAGGAUAAUGCACACGACGCCUGCUGCUGGGCCUGCUGGGGCUGACCGAUCGUGAGCGUGGUGUUGGCAAGGAUCAUGUGUUGCAUCGUGGGAGGCAUCGGCACGGGACCGCGAGACUCGUAGUCCCACAUGACAAGAAAUGGCGUCGGAGGUCGGGCGACUGCGGCGGCGACGUGCUGAAGGACAUGCUCGACGAAGUCGGCGGGAGGGACCACGUGAUGCUGUUCCAGGUAGUGCACGUAACCUUCGGGCCAGCAGUACAUACCGUCUGUCAUGGUGCACGCUCCAAGGGCCUUGGACGAGCAUGAGGAAUCAAUGCGACAGAAGCUGUAUCCCAUCUCGUACGAUUCCACAAAGCCAGCAUGACGCACGUACCAGAUCACCUUUGCCGCCAUGUCCGCACGUCUGUCAUACCAUGCUUUGUCUUGGAGUGACUGAGGGUGCGGCCUCACGUCACCCGCGUCGUCGUUGUAUUUACGCCAAAACCCAAUUUCGUGC